UUCUUCAUCGCAUAUAUCUGUUUUCAUUCCAGCAGGGACAACCUCAGCAGCCCCACCAGCGCACCAGAGCCACGCACUUAACUUUCUUCCUUGGGGGCCAGAUGCCCAGUCGAGAAAAUUCAAGGAGGGGCUUCUGACUUUCAUCUUGAGCGGGUUGAAAAUUACAUAGUAAAGGGAAAAACCAGUGUUUUUCUCAGCUCUCCAAGAAAGCGCCUAGCACGCAAGUAGGCCUCGGACUGGUCUGGAUGUCACUAUCUGGUGUCUGCAAGGUUCAAUAGUGCGACGCGUUUUAGUUCCGCAUAUACUGAUUUGGUCCACGCAAAUAAUAAAGACGUCUUGUUCCAAAUAGAUGCCGUUUUGGUCAGGAAAAUAAGCUCAUGGUGCCUAUUCAGCUGUUCCUCGAUGGUAAUUAUAUCUAGAGCCUAGCUCGUCUACCCAGCGGUUUGUUCCGCUUUCAGGUCACUGAUCUCUCGUUCCAAAAUCUGACGGACAUUUACCAACAGGCCAGGUGCACUAAUAGUCUCUCUCCAACACAAUGCCACACGUUUCGGAUCCAUCCGUCGCAAGCGAAAUUCAGACAAUCUGCUGCUUAAUGGAGAAGCUCCUCGAGCGGGAAGACGGAUUAAGGCAAGAGGUAGAGGAGCUUAAGUUCCAGAUGGAGCACCAGUUCUCACACAAACAAACAUGCGACCAUUGCGCCGAUCUGAGAACAGUCAUCACAAGAUUGGAAAAUAAGAUAUUACAUCAGGAAUUUACCGUUAGCAGCCUCGUGGAGUGUCAAUGGUUGUUAGACCGAGACUUGACGCUGGAAAGACAGAAGAUAGGGGGCUUGGAGUCUCGUCUUGCGGACCAGUACCUGGUAAACGAGUCUCUUCUACGUGCAGUCACACAAGUUGAAAGCAAUCGCAGCUCCUGGGACAUUCAACAUGUUCUCCUCGAGAACGAGAGGCAGCGCGAAGCAAUGUCCACCUUGCGAUCUACGUUAGACGUGAAGGACAUUACCAUACAGUGUUUGCAGAUGGCUUUACAAGACAUACCACCUGACGGCUACGGGACCAAUGAUGGUGAUACCCUUCAGAGUGAGCUAGAGUGUCCUUCGCCAAGAGACGACAUCCUCACCCAUGAGAGCCGCCAUGGUUCAAGCACACCGCGCCCGUAUCAAUACGAAAGAGUGUCCCACAGAGAAUGAUGUUACAGACCCUUGUCUAGCGCACCUUAUCGAAAGCGGACACGAAGGGCAGAAAACCAUAGGACGAUAAGAGCUGAAAGCAGCCGCAGGAUUACCAAGGGACGGUUAUAGGGAGUAUAUCGUAUACCACGCGUAUACCAAC